GCAGCAUAAAGUUAAAGUAGUUUUCUUUAGCAACGCCACCUCACUCUCCGCUUGAUGGGGAAGAAACCGAAGGCCAAGGCCGAGGAGCCGGAGAAGCCACCGGCGGAGCCGGCGGAGCCCUGGCUUUGCGGAGAGUGUGAGCAGGAGAAUCCUGCAGAGGAGCUGGCCUGCAUUGCUUGCGAGGCGCCUAAGCCAGUGUCCGGCGAUGGCAAGUUCGAACACUUCGCAGUGGCCUUGGUGAAGACCUGUGAGCCGGUCCCCGGCAAGGACAAGCUCAAGAAGCUGGAGGUUGAUGUCGGAAGUGAGGAACUCUUGAAGAUUGUCACCAACGCCUCAAACGUCAAGGAGGGCAGCCGCGUGGUGGUGGCCAAGGUAGGCGCCAUCAUCGAUGGGGAGCCUCUCAAAAAGAGCGUGGUCGGCGGCUGCCCCUCUGAGGGAAUGCUUUGUGACAGCGCCAUGCUCGGCUGGUCCGGCGGUGGCUCGGGCGCCGCGCUGCUCCCGGACACCUUCGCCCUUGGCGGUCCGCCGCCCGACGCGCGGCCGCGCACGGAUGGGAAGUGAGCGGCGCGGCGCGGGCGGUGAAGGCGAUCGGAGCGACCCCCGGCCAAAAGUCACCGGCGAGGCGUGGUGCGAUCGGAGCUGAGGUUGGCGGAUGAAAAAAG